CACAGAAUCCAAUCAUGAUGCAAGAAACGGGCAAAGCAGAUUUGCGACAACUGGAAGGUGUAAUGAGAGGCGACGUUGUGGAGAGGAAAGAGAUGGCCACAGCUGUUCACGUUCGAAACAACCCUGGAAAGGAUUCUGCUACUGCUCUUCAACUUUUUCUUGAUCGUAUCCCUAUUAGUUCGAUCCCUGGCAUAAAAAACUCAUCUGUGGUAGAGGUGAAAACUGGGGAUAAUGUGAAGGAUGCAAUUGAGUUGUUGUACACGAAGAAUGUGUUCGGUGCUCCCAUUGCGCAUGUUUUAGACCCUGAUACUACAGUAGGCAGGUUUUUUGAUCGGUAUAUUGGUUUUAUAGAUUUUGCUACCAUGGUUCUCUGGUCCCUCGAGAUAUCUGAACAAGCUGGUGUCCCAACUGAUGGCGGCGCUAGUGAGGAGACUGGCAAAAGUAGCGUCAUGUCCUGGCUUGAACAGAAUCCUGACAUUGGACAUACAAAGGUAGGAGAGUUGGCAAAAUCCUUCCUAUGGAAUCCGUUUUUCCCUAUACGCUUAGAGGAUACCCUCUUUCAUGUUCUGCUGCUGCUUGCAAAGCACCGGGUGCAAGUUCUACCAGCCAUGGAGCAAUCUGGUCUUCGGGCCAUUGGUUUUGUUACGCAGAAUGCAGUUAUCCAAUUGCUUCUUCAAUCUGAUGGACUAGCAUGGUUCGACAGCAUUGCAGAAAAGUCCCUAUCUGAAUUUUGGUUUGAAAAUGAGGAGAAAGUAAGCUGCGUGUAUGGCGAUGAGAGCAUAGCAAGGGCUCUUCACAUCUUGUUCAAAAGUCAAAUAGGUGCAAUUGCGGUCAUAGAUAGACAGACUCAAAGGCUUGUCGGUAGUGUCAGGAGCAGUGAUGUCUAUCUUCUUAUGGAGAAUGACAAUCUCUUCCACAAUAGAAAGGUUGUAACCGUGGAGGAAUUCAUUCAUAUGGAGACUAGCAAUCCAGACUCUGAUCCUACUAUCGAACGAGAAAUAGGGGCUCAUUUAUCAGCAGGGGUUCUUCAUCUACGAAACACCUUCCUUCCAAGAAUGGACUCGCCAGUCAUCAACAAGAAAUCUGACACUCUCAAGCAAGCCAUGAAGAACGUAGCAGAGACUAUAAGCAAUUGCAGUUUUCUAGUUGAUGAGUUGCAGCGUCCAGUGGGUGUCCUCACAUUGAGAGACAUAAUCCUUCAGUUUGCCCCGCCCUCUGUGGACUCCAAUAUUCAUGGAGCUGGUUUCUUUGAAUCUGCUCUUGAACAGACUGGUUGUCAGGUCAAAGAUGGAACCAUAGUUUGUGACCAUUAAUGAGAAUUUAUAAGAUGAAAAGAGGGGUUGAAGUGGGUUUGGUUUUCAAAUGAUGAGAAAAAUAUCUAUAUAUUUGUACAUGACCUCAACUUCAUCUGGCCCCUAAAACCGUGCCGAUCUGCGUCAGGAUAUUCAGGCCUUGAUGGAAGACUGGCUGACGAGUGACGUGUAUAACUUUUGCUACUUAAUCUUUGCUCUUUUCAUCCAGAAAGAGAAAGCAGCAAACAAUGGAUGGAGAAGAAAGAAUUGCAGUCAAUUGCAGCAAGCACCUCAUUUCUACUACUCAGUUGGGUCCGAAGAAAAUAAAAUGAUAAUCUGUUUUGCUUGCAGUUUGUAACUCUUAGCUGGAAAACAGAUCAACAUGUACGGUACAAGAAAAGUUCAACAUUCCCUUCACCAACAGCCAGGUAUAAGCCACUGAUAAAUACCCCAGGCUUCCUCUUCAACACGCUCAGCUUAAUCAAAAUCGUCAGGGGAAGAUCUUAGCAUACAAGUUGUCGCACUUUGGAGAAAAACCCUUGGGAUGUUGGAGGACCCGACAGUGACUCCUCGACAAUAUGUUGGGAGGAAUAGUGCAUUACGGUUGAAAAUAGGAUUGAAAUGGAGAGAAUAAGCU